UGGAUAAAGUAGAGGAUUUAAUUGUUCAAGCUUCCAGGCUCCGGCCUCCAGGUUAUAAAAAAAACAAUGAUUUAAUUGUUUAGAUUUUUGAGAUAACUUAAUAAUUUUUGCAGUUGAUAAUUUACUUAAAUACGUCCAAAAGUAUUAAGAUUGAAUAGCUUCCAAACUUUAAUAUAAAAAUGACAACUAAGGUUGUGAAAUAUGUUGGCCGCACGACCGAUUUCAAAGGAAAAACAUUGUGGGAAAUAGUCGGAAGCUUAAAAAACUUCGGAGUAGGACGACUAAUAGUCCGCCAAGUUUUUAAUAGGUACCCUGAACCGAGUUUUAUGAGAAUUGUCAAAGUAGAAACUUGUCCUGAUGAGGAGAGACGAAGAGUCCGUGUAUGGGUUGAAAAAACUUUUAGAGGAAGAAAAUUGCCAGAGAUUACAGAAAUUUAUCGAACAUCAUAUAAACCUGAUUAUCAAUUGAUAUCUAAAGACGAGGAGCAAGAAUUAUACAAGAAGCUUACUAAUGAACACAAUUACCCUGAUGUCAUCUUACCUAAUGCUAUUGAAAUGCCACCUCUAAUGAAAAAGUUUAUUGUUCGAGAUCAUGAAAAGAAAGGUUUACAGACCUUAAAAGAAUUUGUUAUGCCACUAAGCUACAAACAUAGCCCUAACAGAGUGGCAAGGAUAGCAAAGGGUGAUGAAAAACCUACCAUCCAGUUCGGCAUGGGCUUAGGAAAACCCAUCAGUCCAUCACUGUAUAAAGGAGUUCCCUUAGAGUAGUUCAUGCUUAACGAUAUCUAAGGGAAAUGCAUGCAGAAAUGGAUUUUAUUUUGACUUAUGUACUGAAUGUAUAGUGUAAAGCUUUAUGUACAAUAAGUUUUUAUUUGAAUGAAGAUAUGCUAUUAAAUAUUAACCUGAAACACCUUGUCUAAUGUGCAUAAGUCCCUAAUUUUUGUUUUGAUCACAGACAUGUUUAGUUCAAAAUAAAAUCCUACUUUUACAUCUACAUAGUUUUAGCUACUGUUUUAAAUUUAGUAACCAUUAAUGUAGAUAUUUAAAUAAACUGUUUUAUUA